GUAUUAUACAUAUUACUUAUUGCAUUUUCAUUGGUUCAAUGUAAUUUACAAAUCUAGAAAGAAAAUUUCAUGAUCUUUUACAUGCAUUUAUUAAUUUCUUUUGUUUGAUAAUAAAAGAAAAAGGGCAAUAGCCAUUUAAUCUGAUUAGAAAGAAUUGCUAAAGGAGGAGGACACAAACAUUUAAGGAAAGAAAAAAAAAAGAAAAAGAAUAUGCACAAAACUUGAAUAAUGAAGGAAAGUUUUCAGAGAAUAGAAACUCUCAUAGCUUGACACUUCCUAACCAUUUAAUUAAAUAAAAAAGAUAAUUACAAAAGAUCAUAUAACUAUAAGUAAGACUUAACAUGUGAAUUUUGGAAAGACAAAACACAUCUUUUGGAUCCAUGAAUAUUUUUUAAGAUUUGAUGCUUUGGGUCCUUAAACAAAAAAAAAAAAAAAAUUCUUUUUAAUAUCAAGCAAAAAUCAUUUAAAAUUACAAGAACAAAAUCAUUUAUUCUUUUCAUGUUUAUGUUGGGAGAAGCUAAUAUCUAAGGACCAAUGAUCCAAAGUUAAAAAGUUCAGGGACCUAAAAUUGGGUUUUUCUUUUUUGGAGACAGACAUUAAUAUGAGGAAAACCGCCACCUUCUGCUCUUAGGUAAAUUACAUAAAGACCCCUGAUAUUAAACCCAUUCGCAUCUAAACCCAGAUAUGGUGGGUCCGCUGGCACAGAAUACGACCGUUGCAUUUGCACGCCCUCCCUCCCUCUCCCUCGUAUCCCUCAAAACAACCAAAGAGAAGUCAUAAAAGAAAGCAUUCAAAUUUCAAAAAUUCAAAUCGUUAGCAAUAAAGAAAAGCUGCCACUUUGCACAUUCCGUUUCUAGCAAAGAAACAAUAUCAAUACCAUUCUCAGCUCCAAUUCAAAUUCAAAUCCACUCUCACCCAAUUCAUUUUUGGCUCCACUCUGUCAAAACCCUUUCUUGAGCUUCAUUUUGAGCUUCAAAUUCUUCUGGGUUUUGAUUCUUAUUGCUUGAGACAUUUGAAAGAAAGAAAGCAAGAAAGAAAGAAAUUUGUGUCGAAGAUUGAAACUUUCUUUCUUUACUGCAAAAUGAGAGAAGAAAACCCAUUUGAAACCAAAUCAAAAGCAUCAAAAUUUGCUGAUCAAAAUCAAGCACCAAAGGCUCAGAACACAAAAGGCAAUAGCAAUAAUGCUUCAAAGCUUAAAUCUUCAUGGGGUUCACACAUAGUUAAAGGUUUUACAGCGGAUAAAAAGACCAAAUCUUCACAUACAACUGCAGUAGUUACAAGCAAGAAACUUCCAUUACCAAAUACAGAAUCUACAAACCAGAAGAACCCCUUGGUUUCGUCUCAUUCUAGGGUCAAAAGAUCACUAAUUGGUGAUUUAUCUUGCUCAGUAACAGCUAUCCAAGUCCACCCACAUGCAUACCAGAACCAAACUAAUCAUCGAAGACAAUCUUCAGGGUCACGAGAUUUGUUUCUUGAAUUAGACCAUUUACGAAGCUUGCUUCAAGAAUCAAAAGAAAGGGAGUUUAAGUUACAAGCAGAGGUAUCGGAGCUUAAAAGAAAUGGAAGGUUAUUGGAACUUGAGAGAGAACUUGCAGUGAAGAAAAAUGAGGUUGAUGAGCUUCUUCAAAGAAUUGGGAUUUUGGAGUCUGAGAAAACUGUUCUUUGUGAGCAAGUGGCCGAAAUGUGCUUGAAUUCAGAGAAGAAACAUGAAGAGGUUUUGAAAAGAGAGGGCAAUGAGACUUCAAUGGGGAACAUGGAAAUGGAAGUUGUUGAGUUGAGGCGGUUGAAUAAGGAGUUACAGAUGGAAAAGAGGAAUCUUUCUUGCAGGUUAUCUUCUAUGGAGACUCAAUUAGCUUCUGUUGCCAAGGCUUCUGAGAGUGACAUAUUAGCAAAAAUUAAAGCUGAGGCAUCUUCACUACGACUAACAAAUGAAGAUUUGUGUAAACAAGUUGAGGGUUUGCAAAUGAGCAGACUAAAUGAGGUAGAGGAGCUUGCAUAUCUGAGAUGGGUAAAUUCGUGUUUGAGAGAUGAAUUAAGGAAUUCGUGCUCAAUAAGUUCUGAUAAAGCCUCAGGUCUAAACUCAGCGGAGAGGAGUAAUGAUUCUGUUAACUCAUUCUCUUCUAAUGAGUACUUAGAAUAUAGUAGCGCAAAGAGAUUAAAUUUGAUUAAGAAGUUGAAGAAAUGGCCUAUCACUAAUGAGGAUUUGCCAAACUUAGAAUGCCCUGAUAAAAACUGGGUUCAUUCAGAGGAACUAAGAAGUCCAAGAAGAAGACAUUCUAUUAGUGGAUCGAAGUUCAGUAUAGAAGAGUUGGUAUCUAGCAAGCGAAGGCAAUCUGAUGGUUUUAUGUGUAUAAAAGAAGUGGAAAAGGAAACUGAGCCUUUAUCUUCUCAAAAAUAUGACUUUGAAAUGGAUCAAAGACCCCAAAUGUUCGUUAACUGCAUAGAGAACAAUAAGAUAGUGUCAUCAUUGGAUGUGGAGAAAAGGGUUUUGCGCGUUCCAAAUCCUCCUCCAAGACCCUCUUGUUCUAUGCCAAGUGAAACUAAAGAGGAAUGUUCAGUUCAAGUAGCACCGCCACCCCCACCACCUCCCCCUCCACCACCUCCUCCCCCAAAGUUCUCAAUGAGAAGCAGUUCGGCUGGAGUAGUGCAACGAGCACCUCAAGUAGUUGAAUUUUACCAUUCACUAAUGAAGAGGGACUCCAGAAAGGAGUCUUCAAAUGGUGGUGUCUGUGAAGCCUCAGAUGUUGCAAAUGUUCGUAGCAGUAUGAUUGGUGAAAUUGAAAACAGAUCAUCUCAUUUACUUGCGAUCAAAGCAGAUGUCGAAACUCAAGGAGAAUUCGUCAACUCUCUGAUAAGAGAGGUCAACAAUGCAGUUUUCCAGAAUAUUGAAGAUGUUGUGGCAUUUGUGAAGUGGCUAGAUGAUGAGCUUGGCUUUCUGGUGGACGAAAGGGCAGUCCUGAAGCACUUUGAAUGGCCAGAAAAGAAAGCUGAUACACUGCGAGAAGCAGCAUUUGGGUAUAGAGAUUUGAAGAAGUUGGAGUCAGAAGUGUCUUAUUACAAGGAUGAUCCUCGAAUGCCUUGUGAUGUUGCACUAAAGAAAAUGGUCACUUUAUCUGAGAAGAUGGAACGUAGUGUUUAUAAUGUUCUUCGAACGAGAGAAUUCCUGAUGCGAAAUUGCAAUGAAUUCCAAAUUCCAACGGAUUGGAUGCUUGAAAAUGGCAUUAUUAGCAAGAUAAAGUUUGGCUCAGUUAAGUUGGCAAAGAAGUAUAUGAAGAGAGUAGCUACAGAGAUUCAGUCAAAAGCAGCACUGGAGAAAGACCCUGCACUCGACUAUAUGCUACUUCAAGGAGUUAGGUUUGCUUUCAGAAUUCAUCAGUUUGCUGGAGGAUUUGAUGCAGAAACAAUGCAUGCGUUUGAGGAACUCCGCAACCUGGCUCACCUCCUCAACAAGAAGUAAAGAAAGUAUCUUUUGAGCUUACCAUCUCACCAUCAGGAAGCAAAGAGCUUGGUUGUGACAGGUCACCACUGGCAAUACUAAUGAAGAAACGGUGAUGAUGAUGAUGGGGCUGGAAGUUCUGUUUUUAGAGUAAUGGAGAUAAUUGUUUAAAUCAACUUUAGAUUUGAAUUAGAUGUAUAAAUAAGGCAAAAUUGAAUUUAAAAUUUGAAAUAAACUUUAGAUUCAAUUAAUAGUUUGAAUCUAACACUGAACUGGGUGGUGGAGGCAGUGGGUUUGGUGGUGUGGCUUGCGGUGUUGAUGGUGGUGCGGAAGCCCGUUUUUUUUGAUCUUGUAUUGUUCUAUUUGGUGGGUGCACUGUUUUUAGCGGCAGGGGCUAUGGUGGUGUUAGCGGCAGGGACUGCAGUGGUGUUGGUGCUAAAAGCUACGGCGACAGGUUUUACAACGGCGGCAUUAGGUGCAAGUGGGUUCUUUGCUGAUUUGAAAUACAAUUUCAAAAUCAAAACUAAUAUUACUUAGUUAAUUAAUCUUUUUUAGGAUUAGGGAACAAUUAGCUGGAUUCUGUGCUAAAUUAAAUUUCUUAACA